GACUAUCAUACGACAUGUGUGUUAGUCUUUUUGGAAAUAACGUGUUCAACAAUGUUGAAGACGAGAGAUCUCAAAAACAAAAAAUAUAUUCCACGGCGAGAAGUAAACCGCAAAACACGGAAUUGAAAAUUGUGAGUGCAUCAGCAAAACGAUUUUAUUUUCAAGAUGAAGAUAGUGCAUGAUGUUUUUUGUUCUAGGAUGUAAAAACCUUGUUUUCUUUUCGAGAAGGUAUAGCGAAGAAGACGCAUACGCUUCUAGGUACAGUAUACAGCAUGCAUCUAGCGAAAUUUCGAUUUUUUAAGCCCUCUUCUACCAUCCUUUUAUGCAGCAAAGCACCGUGGAUCUUCCCUGUUAAUACGUUUUGCACCCCCUUUGCUUUGAUUUACAUUAUCCACGGCUGAUGAUGAAUGUGUCCUCGCUUUUCAACAUCGUUCGUGUAUGAUCAUUUUCGUUUCGUGAGUCGCUCUGGGCGAUAUAAUCACGACGAUGAAUAGUUCGUAUUCGGUGUGAUCUAUCUUAAGUAGCGCAAAAUCGAUAGAAAUCCAUUGACAACCGUGGGACGAACACUGUUGAGAUAGCGACUGAAAAUGAGCAGCGGUAGCAACAGUGGUGAGCGUGAGCGUUCAUCUACGGCUGGGGCCGGUCGUACGCAAGUAGACUCGGCAGACGAUGCAUCAAGAAGUGGCGAUGUUGAAGGCACUCCUCCAGAUGCUUCUCAGCAACAGCAAAACCCAGAGCAUUACGAUUUCUUGUUUGCAGCUCCUGCAGCGUCGUCUUCGCAAGGCCUGGAUGGAACCGCUCAUGGCGUCUUGUCCGAUGAAACGGGAGAUACGGCCUGGAGUUGGACGCAGGAGCAAGAGGAGGGUGGUCCCUUUGGUCCAGGGGAAGCAAGUGUGUUUCGGAACACUACAACAGGGACCACGACAUCAAAUCGAAUCGAUCAUACGAACACAGCAAACAAGGGUGGCAAAUAUGGCACUGAGCAGGCGUCAUCUUCGUCCUCGUCUUUCGGGUCCUCCUCCUCGUCUUCUUCUUCUAGUAGAUCCGCCCCUCAGAGCGUUGGAGAAAGAGGAAGCGGGGCGUAUGAUGCGCAAAAAAAGCCAACGACAAAUAGAAAUAUCGAGCCCUCGUCGAAAACGAACCAGACAAACAGCACUGGUCAAACGAACUCCACAGGGUCUGAGGAAAGGCCUUCAUUUUUUGCGAGUCUUUUCGGGGGUUCAUCCUCCAGCAGCUUGGGGAAAUACACCAGCUCUUCCUUCUCGUCAGGCAGCGAGGGCGCCACCCAUGAUACCAGCAGCCUCAAGGCUUCCGCAUCCGAUUGCAGUCACAAGUCGUCCCAAUAUAGUUGCGCUCACACCGGUGUAUCGACAUGCUCUCACCACGGAGUCGGCACUGGUGCAACAACAAUCCACGGAGGCGGUAGUGCGGGCUUUCAUGCCUAUCCACCCAGCCCUGCUUCAUCUCCACCUGGCGCAGUAGAUGGCCACUCCUCUGCUACUUUUACUGGUCCUCCCCCCGGUGAUCCGGAGGAUGGCAUCGCGGAUGACUGUCCGAUUUGCUUCGAGGCGAUCGAUCCCGCUGAGGCAGUGAUGCGAUGCAAAACACGACCAAAAGCACACUUUUUCCAUGCGCAUUGUCUCCAAAGUUGGAUUCAAACCGCGAGAGCGCAGAGAAUGCGGCCUACCUGUCCUAUUUGUCGCAACAGCGUGGAGUUUAACGCCCGAAACCUGAACGAAUUUCUCCACAACCAGUCCGGAACAAGCACAUUGACCGAAGAAGAAAGAGGCUUCUUCCAGUCGAUAUACGCAAACCUCGACGAAUCAAUCAAAGAAGGGUAAUAUUUCAGGUUUCCCGAUAACAUGGUCAUGAUGAUCAUCAUUUUACUGCUUCAAUGAGAAGGACGAAGAUCGAGAACUGAGAUAAUUUUUCAAAACGAUACUACACGAUCAAGAGUAUCUUAGUUGUGGAACAUAUUAUAGAUCGGCUUCUUGUUUACUUGAUCAAUUACGCAUGACUCUGACUUUUUAUACCCCAGGUGGGCCCAAGUGAACUGGGAUAAUGUAACGUACGCUGGCGGGCUCAUCGCGUGCUUUGGUUGGGGUUUUUACAGUGGUUACAACUACGAUCGGUAUUACAUUCCAAUCGAGAUCGUCCCACAACAAAACGACAAUCGAAUUGCGCAGAGUGCUGGGUGGCUUGCAGGCAUGCUUGUCCGAGAACUAAAAAGGUGGAACGACCGAAAAAACAGCAAAGAUGAUGACUGAUAGAAAAUUUUUUGGUGUUGUCCUCCUAUGCCCGCAACAUACAUCUCGGGCUGGCACACGACAGGCUACUGCUAGAACGCGGACGACAGGGCAACGGCAAGGCAUUCAUCACCUUCGAAAAGAGUAGGUGUGAUCAUGCUGCUAGAAGUAGAAACGGAGGAAAGACGCCACCACCACCAGCAAUGGCACUUGUUUUUUGGCGAAGCAAGUACUACAUGCUAGCAAAAUAGAGGACGGUGUGCCUGCAGUUCGCUCCAGGAAUAAGGCAAAGCAGAGCGCGUCUCGACGGCAACAUCGAUUUCGUUGGUCUUCAGUGGGCAGCGCGAUGCGACUCACUGGGCGAAUGUACAUACAAGCACCACACUCGAGGCAAGACACCAGCAGCACUAUGGAACGCCAGGGAGACAGUGGCACGAGCACGUUAACUCUGGAUAAAUGCAAUAAACAUUCUUUAUACUAUCAACGGGCGUCUUCACCAGACAACUACAAUAGUUGCCUUGUCGUGAUGCAGAUUAUAUGACACAUACUAACUUAGCUGUCUAAUAUCGUUUUCUCCUGCGACAUGUGGAUGUGCAUGUCUCAACAUUUCUCCGAAUAAUGUGCAGAACUGACGGGCACUGGUUCAAACAAACGUCCUGGAUCUUGCUUUGUCAUUGAUGCCAAUGAUCAAUAAACAGAGCAUGUAAGAAGUAAGCUUCUUUGAUUUAACGACACUUGCGCAAGACGUCGACGGGUAG